AUGGCCAGCUGGAAAUCCUAUAUUGACCACCUGAUGGCUGAUGGGACAUGCCAGGAUGCUGCCAUUGUUGGUUACAAGGAUGUUCCUUCUGUGUGGGCUGCUGUCCCUGACAAGAUUUUUGCAGGCAUCUCUCCUGUGGAGAUGAAUGUGUUACUGGGGAAGGAUCGCUCUCUGCUAUUUGUCAAUGGACUGACAUUGGGAGGCCAGAAGUGCUCAGUGAUCAGAGACAAUCUGAUGAUAGAUGGAGAGUUCACCAUGGACCUGAGAACAAAGAGCAUUAAAGGAGAACCCACUUUCAACAUUACAAUCUCCCGAACAGCCAGAACUUUGGUUAUGCUAAUGGGCAAAGAAGGAAUCCAUGGAGGAAAUGUUAAUAUGAAAUGUUUUGAGAUGGCUUGCUACUUAAGAAAUGCAGGGUAUUGA